AACUCUUAUAACAUUGAUCAAGUAGCCGGAUGGCUGGCCACAUGGUGUGGUCAACCACAUAGUAAGUGUUUUAUUAUAACUCUACAACUAUGAUCCUCACUCUUAUUUAAAUUCACUCAGCUUCUCAUAUCUAUAAUUUAAAUUCCCUAACAAACUCCACAUACAUUUUAUUUUACAAAUUCAACUCGAAAUGCCUCCAUAUUACUUAAUAUCAGACUUAAAAAAAAAAAGAGAUUAAUUAAGACUACUUACAUCAUUUAAAGCAAUUAUCCCAAACUAAAAUACUAAUUUCCUUCUUGAUAAGUGAUAACACCCAAACUAUGAACAUAUGUCAACAACACCCCCAUUAAAAAUUAUGGUCCAUACAACCCCAACCAAUAACAUCUCGAUUCUCAAUCGAAUUGACCUGUGAGAACUUCUGGUCCGAUAUGACUCGCUUAAAAAACAAUCAAUAUCCAUCUCUUUUACCUUAACCUCAUCAAGGUCAAUUAGUCUGUCAGUUGGUCUUAUUCUUUCAAUCCCACAAAAGCCCAAUCCAAUCACCCACUUCCCAAGCCCAUUAUCAUUUUCUCUCUCCUCCAAAACCUCCUUCUCCGGUCCCAGAAGCCCUAGUUCUGUCCACCGCUCCGCCGUUGACGGCGAUCCUUCUUCUCCGUCGAUCUGUUCAUUCGAUCGCUGAAUGUGCCAGUGUUUCAUGUUGGAGCUUGACUAGAAAGAAGGGAACUAAAUUAAUUGAGCAUAAUCUGUACAAUGGAUUUUUCUCCCUUCAAGCUAGAUUUGGACGAGCUUUUAAAAGAGUUUUCUGAGGGGGAGCUUAAAACUUUAGCAGACAUGAAAAAAUUAUGGCUUGAACGGAAGUUUUCCUACAUAUUUGAGGCUCGGCCUUCAACCGGCUUGAACAUAUUUAUGCAAGUCUUGUACAGCCAUUCUAUAAGUUACAUGGUCUCCACUAAUUCUUUGUCACUGAGAUUGGGUGCCCUCUAUGUCCUCUAUUGUCUCUAUGAGACACAGCCAUUCAAGCCUCCAUUCAAGAUUUAUCUAUCUCUUGGAGAAUUACGAAGAUUAAAAGCUCUUGUUGUAAAUGCGAAAGAAAAUGGAAUCAAAGUAGUAUCUGUUUUGGUCAAAAGGAUGCUAGAGAAGAAUGUAUUCUUGUUUGGCUUUGUCAACAUAAAUGAUUAUUCUGAGAACGAGAGGAUAAAGGAGUUGGUAGAUGUGCAGAAUGCCUGCAUAAAGAAGAUGCAUGAAAAAUUGUUGGCUAAUACGGAGAUUGAGCGUUGUCUUCACCUGGACAUGGGCACGGAACUUGACCUUGAAGUGCUCAGGAAAAUGUCCAAAGAAUAUGAAGGGACUAAAAAUCUUGCUUUCAGAGAGGCUGGUAGGGUAGUCGAUAUAGAAAACAUAAAACAUAUCGCAGAUGAUAGGCUGACAAUUGGAGAUGAAGUGCAAAAGAUAAAUGAGGAGUGGGGAAAUCAAAAGGAAAUGUUCACUCAGUUUAUAGGAACAAACCAGCAUUCUGUUGUAACUCAUCAUGAGAGAAGAGAGAGACAGCACGAGCAACCAAUGCUACUUUCUGCUUCUGAACAGCAGCAAAGUGACGAUGAGUUACAACACACUGGUUUCAUGGAGCUUCUUAUGGGAAAUGAAUCACCAUUGGUCAAUAAUGGCGAUAUUCAACAAGCUCAAACUGAGCUACAUUCGGUACCUAAUGAAGAGCAAGAUUAUGAUUUAGAGUAUGCUAAGGAUCUGGAAGAUCAAUUAUUUAGUGAUAUGUUAUAAAUCUUAUAAUUAAUUUUCGUAUGGCAGUGGAAACAUGUUAAUAUUUGUCCCAUCUGAUUUUUUUUAGGUCUAGAUAAUUUUACAUUUUAUGUACAUCUUAGGUAAAAUCUACACAUCAAUUUUAACAUUUAUGGGUACAUAUAACACUUACUAAACCUUUUAUUCAAAUGCUAAUAAAUGAA